CCUUGGUGAUGGCAACGGCUUCCUUUGCUAAAGUGUGAGCUAACUACGUUAGCUACGGUUGUUGUGAAGACAGAAUGGAAGCGAAACACAGCAUCAGUCUGGCAAUGCUAAGUGAGGAGCUGGAGAGAAGAACCAAAGAGACUCUGAAGCUUCAGGAAGAAGUUGAACAAGCCACGAAACUCACUUUGGAAAACAUGGGUCGUGCAUUCAGCAGCACAGACAUGUCAGGAAAUCCUAUUUCUACACGUCAUGAAGCUGAGGGAUCUCAGGAUUUUGGAGUUAACAGCCCAGAUUCCUACAUCUCUCCAAUAAACUCUGAUGUGGAUGUGAAUGGUGCAGGUUGUCUAAAUUUCCAAGGCAGAGAUGUUCUUGAACUUGCACUAGAGGAUUAUUCACAGCAAGUCUCAGAGCUCCAAAAGCAGCUAAGAGAGACGUAUGAGCUACAUGAACUGCAGAAGUUUAAUUUUCAUCAGUCUGUAAUCAAAUUAGAAAACAAACUGCAAGAAAGCCAAAGUGAGAAAGAUCUCUUGGCAAACUUAAGACUAAACGAAUCUGAGAAAAAUGCAAAGCUAUUGGAGCAGCUGCAGGCAUCUCAGCUGGAGCUGCACUUGCUAAAGCAGGCAGAAGGCCAGAAACUGAUGGAAGCUGAUGACAAAUUGAAGACCUUAAACAGGAGAUCAGAGAUGAUGACACAAAUGUUGCAGGACAUCUUUAUCAGGCUUUCAGAUUAUGAGAAGCGAAGUGGAAAAAGUAGGUGUUUUUGCUAUGACGGAGCCUUCAACCCUAGCCAGCUUCAUCUGGGACCUGCAGUGGAGAAAGCACUACUAGACCUGGAGAAUGACAACCAUGGCCUCCAGGAAAAACUGCAAAUGGUGCAGAGACAACUGAAAGACCUGCAGGAAGAGGGUCAAGAAAAAAAAGAGUGUCUUCUACAGGAUUAUAAGGAAAGAAUGGAGAAACUCAUUACCAGUCAUGAGCAGAAGGUGGCGAUGUUGACUGAGAAACUGAAAAACUCUCAGACUACCACAGAUGGCCUGCAACACCAGUUAGAUAUAUUACAACAACAGCUCCAGGGCCAAACCACACAGCACCAAUCAGAGAUGAGUAAUAUGGAGUCUGCUCUCUCUCUACUGCGCUCAGACCUGCUGGAGAAACAGAAGAGCUACACGGCUAAAGUCAGUGUUCUAGAGGAGGCGCUGGCUCAUGCAAAAUCCCUGGCAGAGCAGGUCCAAAGAGAGAGAGACCUUUUACUCCAGCAAGCUGUGGAUCAGGACACCCAGCUGUGCAGACUUACAACAGAGCUCCGACAGACUGCAGAGGAGCUGUGCCAAGAGCGGCAGCAGAGGCAAAAACUGGAGCAGCGCAGUCUCAGAGUCCAGCAGAUUGAAAAUCUUGUCCGAUCUCCUAGAGAGCAGUGCCAGAGACAUGAGGACAUUCAGUUAUCAGGUACAGAGUUGCAAGGAAUAGAGGAAGAGCUAGAGCCGUAUCAUGGUGGGAUACAGCAGCUCAAGCAGGCCAGCAAAAACACCCAGUGUUUGCAUGGGCAGGGCAGCAGGGAGGCCAGGAGGCUUCGGUCUCUUCCGGAUGAACGGAAUGCAGAGCUGCCACUGAAGCAGCCAGAAGUUCAACAGGGCCGGGCUCAGCUGGAGGAGGCGCACACACAGGUGCAGGCACUAAAAACUGAGGUGGAGCUGUUGAAGCUCAGACUGGAAGAUGGAAAAAAAAGUGGUGAGUUGCUUAUGAGUUCUCUGGUGGCCCUGGAGCAGGAGAGGAAGAGCUUGGCCAAGCAACAUGAAGCGCUCCGGCUGGACAACCAGCAGCUCAGGGCUGCCCUUCUGGAGGCAGAACUGAGGCUGAGUGCUGUGGAGCAGGAGAAGACCCAGCGGUGGGCAGCUCUGUCAGAGAGAGCCAGCAACAUCCACCAGCUAACUCUGGAGAAACAGCAGAUGACUGCUGAGCUGGAGAGUCAGCGCAAGGAGCUAGACCAGUUCAAAGAAGAGCAAGAGGUUUUAAGAGAAGAACACAGAAGGAAAACCGAUGAGCUGCAAUGGCAGAACAGCAAGCUAAAAGCCCAGCGUAAUACCAUCCAAAACGACUUGGAGAAAACCAAGAGUACCCUCAAAGCACUGGAGGGUGCUGAUGAACACGGACUAAAGGUUGCCUUGGGCAUCCAGAAGCAGAUCACUGCCAAGCGAGAACAGGUUGACUUACUUCAGAGCCGUGUACAGAUGCUGGAGGAGAGCACAGAAAAUCUCACUCAGGAGAAGAAUGAGCAGGUGAUGAAGAGCAAACGUCAAGCACAUAUGCUACUUUUUGAGAGGGAGAGAAGAAAAAGGCUUGGAACUGAGUUGGAGGCUUACCGUACUAAGGAGAACCUGCUGAAGAGCGAAAUUGAGCGGCUUGCCACAGCUCUGAACGAGGUUCUCUUAAAUCUUAUGAUGUCUGACAGUUUUGUAGAGUGCCAAGAGUACAUUCAGAAACAACAGCAAGAGAUCAUGAGGCUGAAACUCCAGCACACACUAGAGCUGAAGGAGGGCCAGAACUUACGAUCCACAAGUGCCAUAACUGAGCAGGGACAAGACUUACAAGCUACGAACAACAUCUACACAUCACCCAUCACCAGCCCAUCAAUUCCAGCACAAAUACCCUUUCAAGCUCAGUCUGCCAGCAUAAAUAUUAGUAGCCAGAAGUGUAGCCCAGUUGUGGAGCUGCAGAGCCUGGUUAAAGAGCUACGCAGUGUGAUCGAUAUGGAGCAGUGCCCUGAUACAAGCUACACCAGCAUAAGGAGGAGUAGAAAAGAUGAAGUGACCGGGAACACUGAAGGUGAAAGUGGGAUGACGAUGACAAGUAUCAGUUACAAUGAGCAAGAGCCAGUUCAAGUCCCUAACUUCAAAGAGGACGUGAACACAGCUAACAAGGAAGCUGGACUGAGAGUUUGUCAUCCUCAGGACAAUUCAUUUUGUGUAGCAGCACCGGGAAGGAGGUCUCCAGUACACUCCCUCCUGACCUCUGUCCUUCCAAGCAAUACCCAUUAUAGCCAUAGGACACAAAGCCCUGCACUUUCUGUGCAAACAUCUAUCAUUAAGCAAGCUGAAAUAACAAGGCAGACAUGCAAGAAACAGCAGAGCAAGCUGACUAGCCUUCAGAACAAAGCAGAGGAUCAUCAAAUAAAGACUCAAGAAAUGACCUCUGUGAUUAAAAGCCAGGAAAAGAUGAGGAGGAUCAAAGAGAGAAAAACACUCAAAAAAGAUAAGCGUCUAGACCAUACAGAGGACCGAAGAAUUAACUUACAAAGCAAAUAAAUGUUUUUUUAUAUAUAAAAAUGGAAUAUAAACUUGAUAAAUGACUAUGAUCUGGCAAAAAGUUAUUUAAACUCAUAAUUUAAAUAAAGGACAUUUCCAAAUUUUUUACAGUUAAUAAUAGUAAUGAGUGUUAUC